CACAUAUACAAAGUGGAGAAAUAAAAAUAUCUAAGUCAUUGCAACAUAUAAAUCAAAGCAAGUGAAGUAUAAUAUCUCCAACACUCUUUGGUCUCCCACACCAUUACUUGGAAUUGGAACAUGUAUAUGGCCAUGGCCAUAUGCUCAUGUUCAAAGCAAUCACCAGCAUUGCCAAACAUCUCAUUCCCCUAUUAUUCUACCAAAUCAUUUCUCAAAGUUUCAAGUUAUAACACCCUUCCAACAUACACUCAAUCUCCAUGCAAUCAUACUUGUAGCUAUACAGUCCAGGAAGAUGCAAUAAUAAUUCAUAGUGCUUGCACUCAGCACCUUGCUGUAGCUGCAGCUGCAGCUGCACCGGCUCAUGAUAUGGAGAAGUUGUUGGAUUUAAAGGGCAGUGAAAAUGAUGCGAAGAGGGGGCGUUUUUGGUGCAAUGAAGUUGCAGUCAGAAGGAAGAGAAGACGAAAAUUAAGGACAUCGGAGCGUGUGAAGAAUGAUGAGGAUGGCAAGCUCGUGUUUGUGGAUAAGAAGGAAGGAAAAUCCAGGUUCAUGACCUCUAAAGAAGAGGCCAGAUUUUCUUGGUACUUGAAGGAAAGAGCAAGAAUUGUGGCUGUGAAAACAGAACUACUAGCAGAAACAGGACGACGUGAAGUAUCCUCAAGCCAAUGGGCCAAGGCUGCUGGAAUCAGCCAGCGGAAUCUGGACAGGAUUCUGUGCAAUGGAAGAGAGUCGGAGGAGAGAAUCACUAGUUGCUACCGCAGACUCGUUGUAUCGAUUGCUUCUUCGUAUCAAGGCAAAGGAUUAAGCUUGCAAGAUUUAACUCAGGAAGGCAGCAUUGGGCUACUACGUGGGGCGAUAAAGUUUAAUCCCGAAAGGGGUUAUAAGUUAUCAACAUAUGCUUACUGGUGGAUAAGGCAAUCUAUUACCAGAGCCAUUGCAAACAAGUCCAAGAUUAUCAGAUUACCGGGCAGCAUAAGUGAACUGGUGCCAAAGAUUUGCGAGGCUAAUGCUGCGUUAAGCAGAAGGCUGCGAAGGCCCCCUACGUAUGAUGAGAUUGCAGAAGCUAUUGAUGCUAAUAGUUCAGCUGUAAGACUUGCGAUCGAAAGAAACAGAUCCCCGAUUUCUCUUGACGAAGCCAUUACCAGCCAAGGUUGCAUGUCUCUGCAGGUUCUUUCCACUCCAGUUUUGUAUAUAAUUCUUCACUAUUUCUAUUUCUACAAUUGGGACAGGCAUAGAAGAACUCGUACACAUCGUUUGCAGGAUAUAGUUGCAGGGCCAGAUGAGAUAACUCCAGAGGCAAUGGUGAAGAAAGAUCAGCUGAAACCAGAAAUCCAAAAGCUGCUUAAGCCUUUGUGUGACAGAGAGGCACACAUCUUGAGACUGCACUAUGGGUUGAAUGGUGAGACGCCGUGGUCGUUUGAGGAGAUAGGAAGGGUGUUGGAGCUCUCAAGGGAGAGAGUUAGGCAGAUUAACUCUGCUGCAUUGCUGAAAAUAAGGCAGACGAGCAAAGUAGAGGAUCUGAAGCACUUCAUAUAGUUUAUCCAUAUACAAAGAAUGAUACAGAUAGAGAUAUUCAGAGUUGGGAAACUGUAAAAAUUGUAUUUGAAUGCAAAAACACUGAAAUGUUAGUAAAUAUUCAGAAGUGGUUGUCCCUUCAUUGGGUGACUUGCUUUUCAUUUGCUUAGAACAGAUGACGUUGCAUUUGUUUCAUGGUGGAAGGAAAUAAACUAAUGCAUACACAUUCUGAACUUUUGUUUCCUGUCUUUUGUCAAUUUGAUUUUCUUCAGUUCUAUACUUUCAUGACUAGUUGUGCAGAUAUUUCGUUUUUGACAUCUACAUAGAAUAGAAAUGGCUGGUAGAAUCAAUUUUGUGACAAAAUAUUACAAUAAUAAUUAUUUCUAUUCUGACCUUGAGAGCAUCAAGCGUUUGUAGUCCAACGGUUAGGAUAAUUGCCUUCCAAGCAAUAGACCCGGGUUCGACUCCCGGCAAACGCACCUGUUGUGUUUCCCAGGUUUUUGACUGUGAGUGGUGACUUAUGACAAAAACUAACUGCAGCAUCCCAUUCUUUUUUUUUGAAUUUCAGUGUUCAAAUAUCAGUUUCUUUUUCCCCCUUUCGGAAACGAAACGCCAAUUAGUUUCACUCAUUAGAUUUAUAGAACUUUCUUGGCAACUUUAGGAGAUCAUUUUCCAUCACUGGGCAUCAGAUGCAGUGAGUCGAGGUCUGCCCGAUUUAUAUGCAUAUCUCUGUCAGACAAGUGGUGACUGCAGCCGCAUAAAAGU